AAGAGCCAUUCAUCGCCUAGCCCUGACACUGCUUUUCCCCAUUGGAUCUCUGCAAGAGUCACAUGUUUUGGACAUCUUUGAAAAGAAUCUUCUGAGAGCUUCAGCAUCUCAUUUGAGUCUCCUGAAUCUCACCUAGCACUGUGUUGAAUUUUCUUCCAUCACAAUGAGCAACAAAUUCCUAGGUACCUGGAAACUUGUCUCCAGUGAGAACUUUGAUGAUUACAUGAAAGCUCUGGGAGUGGGAUUAGCCACCAGAAAACUGGGAAAUUUGGCCAAACCCAGAGUGAUUAUCAGCAAGAAAGGGGAUAUUAUAACUAUAAGAACUGAAAGUACCUUUAAAAACACAGAGAUCUCCUUCAAGCUAGGCCAGGAAUUUGAAGAAACUACAGCUGACAAUAGGAAAGCAAAGAGCGUUGUAACCUUGGCAAGAGGCUCGCUGAAUCAAGUACAAAAAUGGGAUGGCAAAGAGACAACAAUAAAGAGAAAGUUGGUGGAUGGAAAAAUGGUAGUGGAAUGUAAGAUGAAGGAUGUGGUGUGCACCAGAAUUUAUGAGAAGGUCUGAGAAAACUGUUUCCUCAUUGAAGUGAUAUUUGAUCAUUUGAUGUUGGAAAUCAGCUGUUUCCCUUGGCAAGGCCUGACUAUACUGCAGUUUGUUUGCUUUUGUCUUAAUAGAUUUGACAGGCAAAGACCUAAACUGAGGAUUAAUCUAAACAGUUUCACUUUAGUUAAACAGUUUCACUUUGUACUUGUUGGCUGUUUUCAAGAUUAAAGUAUGUAUAUCAGCCAGACCUCAGGAGUGGAUAAUGUCAUUUAAUUAUCUGUGGGUUCUAACCUGUGUUGUACUUUUGCAUAUUUGAAAUGAUAGUAAAAGGAAGUAAUAGGAUAGUAAAAGGAAGUAAAUAUAUUGAUUGUGGUCACCAACUCAAAUGUCUUCAAGGGCCAGAAGGGUCGAGCGGAGAAGGAUCACAAGUGAGGCGAGCUAGAAGUAGAAGCUGUUUUCUAAUGAAGACCCCUAGCUUGGGCUACAAAAGGCAGUCUACUCCAGCCAAUUUAAAAAACGAAGGUUAAUUUACAGACAGUGAAAUGCACAGAUACUAAAGAUAGAGUGCAAUCCAAUUUGACAAGUGCAUGCACCCACAUAAUUCACAUCCUGUUCAAGAUACAGCACCACUCCCUAGUCCCGGAAGGUUUUCUUAUGCUCCUUUUCAGUCAGUGUCCCACCCUGUCCCAGCUCCAACAAAAGCAAGACGUGAUUUCAUUUCUAUAGCUAUAGAUUAGUUUUCCCUACUCUCACAUUUCGUAUAAAUGGAAUUACAUGUUAUAUGUUCUUUUCUGCUUGCCUUUCUUAAACUUGGCAUUAUGUUUUUGAAACUCACCCAUAUGGUUGC